AUGGGAACGUAUGCUGGAGCGCAUGAAGGGGAUGCGGAAAAUGUUGCGCCCGUUGAAGAAGCGGAAAGUAAGCCGGCAAAGCGCAUUUGUACGGGUGGGGACAAGGAUGGUGUAUAUGACAGGAGAACGGACAAGCUAAAGCAGAUGAAGGAGUGGAAGAGCCGUUUUGGUGCGUUUAUGGCGUAUACUCAGACGGUACUUAACGACGUACUUGGCGAUACUCGGCCGGAUGCGACCUCGGAGUUGAAUAGCCGACCGGGAAAAUCGCCGAGAGGUAACGGUGGUAGCCGUUGCAGCCCUCAACAGCGCACGCUUGGUGCCGAUCCGCCAUCAAUACAGAGCUCUUCGCAAAUCAUCCCCGAAAAAGACCCCAAAUACACAGGCUCUAAUAAACCGCCUUCAGUGACGGAUCCUAAAAGAAGGGUUUACAAUUCGUUGACCGAGGCUCCCCGCAACUUCAAGGAGUGCAUUGACUGGCUGAUAGCCCUGAAGGGAACUGAUCCGGAAAACAACUUCGAGGCUAUGGGUGCCGCAUUACACAAGUUUCUCGCGGACAAGCCGGUUGGAAAGAUGGAGCUGCCAGCUCUCGAGAAAAUAAAAAGCAUUUCUAAAGAGUUCCUGGAGAGUCCGGGGCUUAAGAAUGAGCCAUUCGUGAAACGCAUGCUCUCGAUAUUCAACGGAGGUAUUAGUGGUAUGUCAGCUCCGGCGCAUUUUGCGGAUUCACCUGAUGCUCCCAGUUCUUCUGGUUCCUCGGGUUCUGUAUCUCAGACGAUUAGAGAUAUCCUCCUCAGCAAUUAUGAGAACAUCGUCCAGAGGGACCGUCUCGGUCCUGAAGACAUCGCAAAGAGCUUCGCUCAUGUUGUUAUUGUGUUUGUGAGAAGUUAUUGGAUGUUCAGAAGCGACGUUGGAUACAUCAUGUUCUAA